GGGAGGGACAAGGGAACCAUCCCUGGCACAUCCCAGGGAAGCUGUGGCUGCCCCUGCAUCCCUGGGAAUGUCCCAGGCCAGGCUGGACGGGGCUUGGAGCACCCUGGGCUGGUGGGAGGUGUCCCUGCCCAUGGCAGGGGUGGCACUGGAUGGGAUUUAAAAUCCCUUCCCACCCAAACCAGCCUGGGAUCCCGUGGAGCUGGAGGUGCUGCUGGGAUGGCUCCAGGCUGGGCUUCCCAGUUUCCCAGCAGAUAAUCCCUAGGGACGCAGCUCCAAGGGGUUAAAGGAAAACACUGAGCUCUGGGGAGAGCUUGGAGCCCCUUCCAGAGCCUGCGGGGGCUCCAGGAGGGCUGGAGAGGGACUGGGGACAAGGGAUGGAGGGACAGGACACAGGGAAUGGCUUCCCAGUGCCAGAGGGCAGGGAUGGAUGGGAGACUGGGAAGGGAUUCCCUACUGGGAGGGGCUGGGCUGGAAUUCCCAGGGAAGCUGUGGCUGCCCCUGGAUCCCUGCAGUGUCCCAGGCCGGGCUGGAUCCCCUGGGACAGCGGGAGCCGUCGGGGUGAGGACAGGACGAGCUUUAUGAUCCCAUCCCACCCUUCCCCGGCUGUCGGGGGGAAGCCCCCCCGAGUGUCCUGAUCCCCGCGCUGACCCCGCUGUGCCCUCGUGCCCAGGUUACGGCCACGCCGCGCCCAGCACGGACGGGGGGAAGGUGUUCUGCAUGGUGUACGCGCUGCUCGGCAUCCCCCUCACCCUCGUCAUGUUCCAGAGCCUGGGCGAGCGCAUCAACACCUUCGUCAAGUACCUCCUGCACCGCGCCAAGAGGUGCCUGGGCAUGAGGCGGCCCGAGGUGUCCAUGGCCAACAUGGUCGCCAUCGGCUUCUUCUCCUGCAUCAGCACCCUCUGCGUGGGCGCCGCCGCCUUCUCGCACUACGAGCGCUGGAGCUUCUUCCACGCCUACUACUACUGCUUCAUCACCCUCACCACCAUCGGCUUCGGGGACUACGUGGCGCUGCAGAAGGACCAGGCGCUGCAGAACCAGCCGCAGUACGUGGCCUUCAGCUUCGUCUACAUCCUCACGGGGCUCACGGUCAUCGGCGCCUUCCUCAACCUGGUGGUGCUGCGCUUCAUGACCAUGAACGCCGAGGACGAGCGGCGGGACGCGGAGCAGCGCGCCCUGCUCUCCGCCCGCCCACGCGAGACCCCCACGGCCGCGCCCGCCGCGGGGGCCGCCGCCGGGGAGGGGGCGGGAGGAGGAGGAGGAGGAGGAGGAGGAGGAGGGGGGCUCCGGAACGUCUACGCCGAGGUGCUGCACUUCCAGUCCGUGUGCUCGUGCCUGUGGUACAAGAGCCGCGAGAAGCUGCAGUACUCCAUCCCCAUGAUCAUCCCCCGGGACCUGUCCUCCGCCUCGGACGCGGCCGCCGAGCAGGCCCACGGCCACGCAGGACACGGCGGACACGGGCACGGCCACUCCUCGCCCCCGCGAGGCGCCGGCACCCCCCCGAAGCGCUGCCUGUGCGGGGCCCGCCGCUCGGCCGUCAGCUCCGUGUCCAGCGGCAUGCACAGCCUGGCCGCCCUGCCGGGGCUCGGCAAGCGCCGCAGCUCCGUGUAGAGACCC